CCCUGAGUCUCAAAUGACACUGGAAACUCAUCGCUCUACUGUUAGCAUGCAAAUACCGUUUUCCAGUAACUGAAAAGUGAGUUUCCAGUAACCUCUGAAAAUCAGGAUGCUUCAAUCAUCCCAAAGCAAACUGAAAAAAGGAGAUACUAGAUACGUAAAGAGUAAAUAUCUAUUAUCAACGCGAUUUAAGGGUUACUGAAUUCAUGAUGAUCCGUGAUGAGGACUAGCGCUGUUGCGUGCAACGACACAUUUUCUCGUGAGCCCCCUCCAGUCGCAGCCAUAAUGAGGGGCUGUUUAGGAAAUCUAUAAAGAUUUUACCGCUCGGCUGGUCCCGCGUCACGGCACUUUCCCUGUGUGGUGUGUGAAGUGCAGACGCUGCCAUACGGAGAGCGACAGGUGUGCGAAUUCGGUGUCUAAAGAGAAGAAGUAGCUUGUCUAAGCUACCUAGACACAGUAACAAUGAUGUCCCUCUGGGUAUGUGUGGCUCUUCUGGGAGUACUGGGCAGCGCCACUGGACACGCUGGUCAUGAGUGCCCAGAAAUUCACAACGCAAAUGGACGCUUGACCAAGGAAGAUAUCGACAUGUGUUGCACCAAGUUGAAUUAUUGGAAGCGUGAAUGCGCCAAACCACCAAAAGUUAACUUCCCACCAGAAGUUGUGAAAUAUUGGGAAUCUCUCGAAACUGCCGUUACUCACGAGGAAAAAGAAGAAAAUGCAUCAAAACACAACAGAACUAAGCGCCAGACCGCUACUGGUCGCAGAGAUGAUACUACCAUUAACCCACCACUGUAUUGGCAGAGUCGCCCCAUCCCUCCUCGGCCAUUACCAAGAAAGGAAUACCGACUCCUGUCGCCAGCAGAGAAAUGGCGCUUCCAUCGGGCUUUGCAUGCUAUGAAGGUGACUAUGGUUCCAAACACAGAAUUUUCGGAGUACGACAUUUUCACCGCCUACCAUCAAGCUACAGAGGCACCUGGUGCUCACUUUGGUCCAGCUUUCCUUCCUUGGCACAGAGAGUUCAUCAAAAGGUUUGAGACAGCCAUGCAACGGCAUGAGCCUGGAGUGACUUUGCCAUAUUGGGACCCGACCAUGGAUGACGGUAUGCCCCGCCCACAGGACACCAUUAUGUGGACUCCUGAAUAUAUGGGAAAUGGUUUCGGUUACGUCACGAGCGGGCCUGCCGCCAACUGGAAUACACCAUUCCCCGUCGCCAACCGUACUCGCCUGUAUCGCAACCUAACUGCUGGGGUAUUGGAGGGGCGUGUGCCUCUUCUUCCCAACGAUCUAGAAAUGGGUUUCCUCUACGCCGGUGGUAGGGGUCUAAGGGAUCUUUCGUUUUACGUCGACCCUUCUCUAGAGUUUGUCCACGGUCGUGUCCAUGACUGGAUCGGUGGCCACAUGGGAGAUUUAGAAAACGCACCAGCUGACCCUGUUUUCUACAUGUACCAUGCUUACCUUGACUGCUGGUGGGAUGACUACAGGCAAAAGCAAAGAAGUCUGGGGAUCAAUCCCGAAACUGAUUACCCCGAAGACGCUGAAGCCCAAGGUGUUGGCGGCACAACCCCUCUCCCUGAGUGGCCCAUUCCUACCCGCGUUGAAGACUCUGUUCAUCUGCCGAACAAGAUGAUGCGACCUUUCAGAAUUCGUAAUAUCGAUGGAUUGUCGGACGACUACACCAGGCUAUAUUACUCCUGUUCCCCACGCCCUGUCUGUCCAAGCUGCAACAACUCGCCCAUUCUUUUCUGUGACAAUGCCCAAAAUAUACCGAAGUGUCGCACUAAACUGCAAUUGAACACCAACUGCACUGCUUACAAGGACUUGAACCCUUGUCACCAGGGUGAAUGUUGCGCCAUUGGAGUCGGCGAUCAGUAUAUGUGCCGUUCCAGCUGUUCUUCUUUCGGGCCAGUAAGGCCAAUUCAUCAACUUCCACAACAACCUCAGGUACAAGGGCCACAGCAGACAGGAUUUGAUGGUCGUCUACACAGAGGGCCAAACGACCAGUUGCCCCCACAGUAUGUUCCAAACCAAAUACCAAACUCAGUCAAUAUCCCGACCGGUUCAAACCCCGCCAUUAAACGACCAACCUCAGUAUAACGUCCCAUCACAAAACCAAGGUCAAAGGCCUGGUCAGUAUAACGUUCCUUCUCAGAACCAAGUUCAAAGACCCCAGACCAUCUAUCAACCACAGUACAACGCUCCAGCCACAAGGCAGGCUCAACCUAUCCAGUACAGACAAACUCAAUACAUUGGACGUCCUCAGUCUCAGCAAUCCUAUGCUCCAUCAUACAAUCAACAAAAUUACAAUCAAGCGCCUAACUACCGACCAAACCAAUAUCAGAGUUCUUCCAAUGGGCAAUAUUACAGACCUCCUAGUACAACAUACCAAGGUAACAAUAACAACUACGGACAGCGUUACACUAAUCCAAGAACUUCCCUAUAUGUGAACCCUUUCACUGGGCAGCAACAGCAGUAUCGCCAGGCUACGUACAGACAACCACCGCAGACUUCACUCUACGCACCCGUUGGCCUCAACCGUAAUCCUUACGGUCAAAGGCCUCAGUACCGUGCCCAACAGGCCUCUCCCGCCUACAACCAGCGUCCCGCCUCUCAGUCCUUCACCAUUCCUGGUCAAAAUUAUUACAACAACAGGGCGGCGAACUACUUUUGAAGACAGAGUUUUGCUGUACAGAAGUGAAUAAGUCCAACUUAUUUCUGAUGAAAAUUAAUAACAGAUGUGAAUUAUACCGCAGAUACUUUAAAAUUCAUUCUACAUCGUUUUUAUAGCAUUAAUCUCUCGACUCAUUGAAAAAAAAAUUGAGCUUAACUACAUACUUUAAAGAGCUAUUGCAUAUGUUUGAUUCCCUUUAUGACAUUGGAUUGUUCUUAAAUUUAUAUAAUGCAGCUUCAGGGUAAAUUAUUGAAAGUAGUAAAGGUACAUGGGUAAUAAUCUUACUGAGCUGUAUCUGUUUUGAGGUACUUGUUACAAUGGAAAUGGGAAUAAACUAGAAAAAUUG